GGUUACAUCCAAAAAUAAUCUCGAACUCUGAAACCAAACCCUUAAAAUCUUUAUGCACUCGAUUUUCACAUUAUUUACGAUUUUGUCUUGAAUUGUGUAGCACAGUAUUAAUUUCCCAACCUAUUCCCUUUUCUUGAACCUCUCUGCUUUUAGCUGUUCUGUUUACAUUAAAGUUCUUCCAGAACAAGACAGUAGUAGUCCCUUCAACACCCCCCACCCCCACCCCCUCAACCAAAACAACAACUGCUUAACUCUCAGCUUUUGGCAAAGGGAAAAAAAGAGAGGCUCCCUGCUAAUUUGAGAACAUUUGGGUCAAGCCUCAACUAGCAGGCUGGCAAGUUAACAUCCCGGUUUUGGUUUCCCGUUGACUGUCCACAGUCCAAGCCCCGGCUUGGCUAGUCAGGCUCUUGGAUAGUUAGAUGGAGCAUGAUCUUAUUGAGCAGCAAGUGCCUUCAGGUACUCUGAAGGGCAUAAUUUUCAAUAUCUUAUCGGAGACUGAUGCAGCCAAAUUGGCAGCUAAGGUUAUUGGAUCAGUGAACGAAGUAACAGAUCCUGCAUUGGGGUUUCCGAAUCCAAUCUUUGAGUGCUCCACCUGUGGUGCAAAAGAUGGGAAAAAAUGUGAAGGUCAUUUUGGAUUAAUAAACUUCCCGUUCACAAUACUCAAUCCCUAUUUCAUAUCUGAGGUUGCAAAGAUCCUGAACAAAGUAUGUCCGGGAUGCAAAUCUGUGCGUCGUGAUAAGGUCAAGGGUGCUGAUACGACAUCUGCCUGCAAUUACUGUGAUGGAAUUUUAAGAGGUUAUCCACCAAUGAAAUUUAAAGUAUCUCCUAAAGACAUGUUUGGAAAGACUGCCAUUAUGGCAGAAGUGAGCGAAAAGAAGCUUCAGCAAACUUGUGGAGGAAGUUUGGCUUCUGACUAUUGGAAUUUUAUCCCAGAUGAUGCACAACAAGAUGCAAGUUUAAAUUCUUCAAAGUACAAAAGAGUUUUAACACAUGCUCAGGUAUAUAGCAUUCUGAAAGAUGUUGAUCCAGGGUUUCUUGAAGGACUUCUCAGAAGGAAGAACUCAAUCUUCCUUAAAAGCUGCCUCUUGACUCCCAAUAGUCAUCGUGUCACAGAAUUUGGGCAGCACAUGAUAUUUGAUGAGAGUAAUAGGCUUUACAGAAAGCUGAUUGACUUCAGAGGGACAGCAAAUGACUUGAGCAUGUGUGUUUUUAAUAGAAUUAAAGUUUCCAAGAUACGUGCGGAGAGGUCACUAACCAACGAUCCUAAUGCCCCUGCUACUGGUUUGAAGUAUGUGAAAGAACUGGUUCUGGCAAAACGCACUAACCAUGCUUUCCGCAUGGUUGUGGUUGGUGAUCCCAACAUAAAGCUAGGUGAGAUUGGUAUUCCGUGUCAUGUUGCGGAGGAUCUCCAUAUGGCGGAACCCCUAAGUUCACGGAAUUGGGAAAAGUUGACUGAUCACUGUGAUCUUAUGAUUCUUCAGAAGGGGGCGAUUCACGUUCGUAGAAAUGGUGUCUUAGUUCGUAUUAGUGUAAUGGAUCAGUUGCAGAGAGGGGAUAUAAUAUAUAGACCUCUUAUUGAUGGAGAUGUUGUGUUGAUAAAUCGACCUCCAUCUAUUCAUCAACACUCACUAAUUGCUCUGUCUGUUAGGAUUCUUCCAAUAAUUUCUGUUCUUUCAAUCAAUCCUCUUGUGUGUUCUCCAUUCCGUGGGGAUUUUGAUGGUGAUUGCCUUCAUGGUUAUGUUCCGCAAUCAAUCGAUUCUAGGGUUGAGCUUAGUGAGCUUGUUGGUCUGAAUCGGCAGCUUAUCGACGGACAGAGUGGCCAAAAUCUUCUUUCGUUAAGUCAUGACAGCUUAACUGCUGCUCAUUUAGUUUUGGAAGAAGGAGUUUUCUUGGACCGUUUCCAGGUGCAGCAGCUACAAAUGUUUUGUCCUCAUCAAGUGGGGAUGCCUGCUAUUGUACAGGCACCAUUAAGAAACAGGAGUUAUUGGACUGGGAAACAGUUAUUCAGCUUGUUUUUGCCAUCAGACCUUGACUGUGAUUUUCCAUCAAAUGGCGUCUGUAUUAGUGAUGGGGAAAUUGUGACAUCUUCCGGUGGUUCUUCUUGGCUGCGUGAUGCCAGUGAAAAUCUCUUUUAUAGUCUUGUUAAACACCAUGGAGGUGACACUCUUGACCUCCUUUAUGCUGCACAAGCAGUUCUUUGUGAGUGGUUGUCAAUGAGGGGUCUUAGUGUUUCAUUGUCCGAUCUUUACAUCUCUUCUGAUCCAUAUUCUCGAGAAAAUAUGAUUGAUGAAGUCUUUUGCGGUUUGCAAGAGGCAGAGCGACUAUCUUAUAUCCAACUGCUGAUGUCGAGGUAUAAUCACGAUUUCCUUGCCGGAAGCCUAGAAGUAAGCCAGAAAGCCAUGGGUUUUAAUUUGGAGUUUAUGUCUAUCAUGCAGCAGAAGUCAGCUUCUCUGAGUCAAGCUUCUGUUAGUUCUUUCAAGCAUGUUUUUCGGGAUAUCCAGAAUUUAGUAUAUAAUUAUGCAAGCAAGGAGAAUUCGUUUCUGGCUAUGUUAAAAGCUGGGAGUAAGGGCAACCUGCUAAAACUGGUCCAACACAGCAUGUGUCUUGGUUUGCAGCAGUCUUUGGUUCCAUUAUCGUUUAGAAUGCCGCGUCGACUUUCUUGUGAUGCAUGGAAUAAUCAUAAAGCACAUCUUCCUUUUGAGAAAGCUCAUAAUGUUCCUGAACGUCCUGGUCCUUACAUCCCGUGUGCUGUGGUUGAGAAUUCAUUUCUUGCGGGUUUGAAUCCUCUAGAGUGUUUCGUGCAUUCAUUGACAACCCGUGAUAGUUCUUUUAGUGGACAUGCUGAUGUUUCCGGAACAUUGAACCGUAAGCUUAUGUUUUUCAUGCGUGAUCUGUACAGUGGAUACGAUGGAACAGUGAGAAAUGCUUACGGGAAUCAAAUUGUGCAGUUCUCUUACUACAGCGCAGAACAAAUUUCUUCUACAUAUAACCGUGCUUCUCAUGCAAUUGGUGGCCAUCCUGUUGGUUCAUUGGCAGCCUGUGCCAUUUCAGAAGCUGCAUACAGUGCUUUGGAUCUACCUGUCGGUGCACUUGAGCCAUCACCUUUACUAAACCUAAAGAAAAUAUUGGAAGCUGGAGUAAAGAGUAAUAGUAGCGAGAAAACUGCAACUCUGUUUCUUUCGAGAAGACUUGGCAGAUGGGCUCAUGGUUUUGAAUAUGGAGCUAUAGAGGUCAAGGGUCAUCUAGAAAGGCUUCUUCUUUCAGAUAUUGUUUCAACCGUAAUGAUAUGCUUCUCCCCUGAAACAUGUAAAAGCACUCACAGUAGUCCCUGGGUUUGUCAUUUUCAUAUAGAUAAGGAAUAUGUGAAGACAAGAAGGCUGAAGCUGAAAUCAGUAAUAGAUGCUCUUAAUAUGAGAUAUAGAUCAACUAGAAUGGAAGCUGGAAUUGAUCUUCCAAGCCUGCAUAUAACAUGCAAGGAUUGUUCAGCCGCUGAAAUGCAAAAAGCGAAUUCCAAAAUUUGCAUCGCAGUUGCUGUGGUUGAGACCUCAAAAGAUUCUUUUUCACUACUGGAUACACUUCGUGAUUUGGUGAUUCCAUUCCUUCUUGAGACUGUGAUCAAAGGUUUCUCCGCAUUUAAAAAAGUUGAUAUCUUAUGGAGAGAGUUGCCAAGUACAUCAAAAUCUUCCAGAGGCUCUACCGGGGAACUAUAUUUGCAGGUCUUCAUGUCGGAAAGUUGUGACCGGAACAACUUUUGGAAUGCACUUGUGGAUAGUUGCCUCCAUAUAAUGGAUUUGAUUGAUUGGGAGCGGAGUCAUCCCGAUAACGUCCAUGAUCUGACUGUAGCCUAUGGAGUUGAUGUAGCAUGGAAGUACUUUCUACGUAAUCUAAAUUCUGCUGUCUCUGAAACUGGCAAGAAAAUCCUUCCGGAACACUUGGUACUUGCAGCAGAUUGUCUCACAGCUACAGGAGAAUUUGUUCCGUUGAAUACAAAAGGGCUGGCACAGCAAAGAAAGUGUGCUGGUGUUAUUUCACCAUUUAUGCAAGCGUGCUUUUCGCAUCCCGGGGACUCUUUUGUUAGGGCUGCCAAGACAGAAUUAAGUGAUGAUCUUCAAGGAAGUCUGGAAGCAUUGGCGUGGGGAAAAACCCCUUCCACAGGGACUGGUUUUUCAUUUGACAUUAUCUAUUCUGAAAAGGGAUAUGAGCCUGCUGCACCAACAGAUGUGUAUGCUCUGCUGGGCAACCACGUCACAUCAAAUAGACAAAAGGUGAAGGUCACUCUUGACGAAGACAAUGAAACGGCUGACAAGGCUCUUGCACGACGUCUUUGUAAACUUGAUGAUCUCAAUACAAAGAGAUGUAAAAGCCAGUGGUCAAUUGCAAAUUUGAGAAGUUUCCUUUCAUUCAAUGACAUAAAGAAGCUCUCUCAGGCAUUGAAGCAAAUGUUGUCCAAAUAUGCUAUUGAUCGCGAGUUAAGUGAAGCAGACAAGUCCAUAGUAAUGAUGGCAUUACAUUUUCAUCCCAGAAGGAGUGAGAAGAUCGGAAAAGGAGCAAUGGAAAUAAAGAUUGGUUACCACAAAGAAUAUGAAGAUUCCCGUUGCUUUAUGUUGGUACGUACAGAUGGAACAGUUGAAGAUUUCUCGUAUCGUAAGUGUCUACAACAUGCUCUGGAACUAAUUGCUCCUCAAAAGGCAAAAACCUAUAAAUGGUUGAAUGGAGCAUCGCGUGGUCCCACUGCCUCAUCCUUGCAAAAUGAGGUCAAGUAAAAUGAUAAAGGCCUUCGAUAAACUAAAAUAAAAACGUGUUAUAUUCACUCGUUUACGGGUAUGUAUGUAUACAGUGGUGUGUGUAAGUAUCUGGUACGGGUACGUUUCUGCCACUUUUGAACAGGUGACACCCGCCAGACAAGGUACGUAGGCAACUGAAGUAUUCAUGUAACAUAGUUGUACUAAAUACGUGAACCAAUUUUGAAUACCCCGUUAUCUUAUGCUUCUUUUUGCUGCUCCCACUAAGGUUUGUUUGCCUUUCAUAGGGUCUAAGGCAAAGGGAAAUUAGUGGGAGUAGCAACGAAAAGCUCUGAGGGGCUAUGCAUUUCUAUUGUUGUAUCAGUAGAAUGUUUCAUCAAUGAAAACAUUUUAAUCUUCUAGUA